AUGAAGUCUUUCCCUGCUGAGACCGAUUCAACUGACCUACUCUCAAAACCCCCAGAUGAAUCGCAAGUUCUCUGCAUGGUCAUUCUGGGCCUCACUUUCUUAUUGGGAUUGCCAGGCAAUGGGCUGGUGCUGUGGGUGGCAGGCCUAAAGAUGCAGCGAACAGUGAACACAGUUUGGUUUCUCCAUCUUACUGUGGCAGACUUUCUCUGCUGCCUCUCCCUGCCCUUCUCCCUGGCUCAUUUAGCUCUUCAAGGACACUGGCCCUACGGCUGGCUCCUUUGCAAGCUCAUCCCCUCCAUCAUCAUCCUCAACAUGUUUGCCAGCGUCUUCCUGCUUACUGCCAUCAGCCUAGACCGCUGUCUUGUGGUACUCAAGCCAAUCUGGUGCCAGAAUCACCGCAAUGUGAAGACAACCUGUGCCGUCAGUGGAUGCAUCUGGGUGAUAGCUUUUGUGAUGUGUAUACCUGUGUUUUUGUACCGGGAAAUGUUCACUGUAGACAACCGUAAUAUGUGUGGCUAUAGUUUUAACGUCUACAGCUCAUCAGAUUAUCCAGACUUCACCUAUAAUCUAUUGGAAAAUGAAUUUCUUGAUGGCUACAUUGCCCAGCUGCCCGGGGAAACAGAUGAUAGAUUAGAUUCUUCCUCUUCCCAAACAAAUGACCAUCCCUGGACAGCCUCCACAAUGAAUCCAUUGACAACUUCCACUGAUCUUCAUGCUCAGACAUUCCAAAGACCUUCUGAAGAUUCACUCCAUAUGAAUUUGUCUAGAUUAUCCUAUCAAUAUUCCUAUUAUAAUUUAUUUAAAUCUGCUGAUGUGGUCUCCCCUAGAACACCCAGUGGUUUGCCUGGAUUUCUCAGUAAAGAUGGCAGGAUUGACUCACUGGAUAACUCUAAUGCUCUUCUCUCUACUGAUUUAGAACUAUUCCCCAAUGCUUCUAGCAACUCCUCAUACACGCAUGAGCUAUUACACAAUGACUACAGUGGUAAUUUAAGCCAAUUCACAUACAACAAUCAAGUGUCAACACCUCUAGUAGCAAUAACCAUCACAAGGCUAGUAGUGGGUUUCCUGCUGCCCUUUAUUAUUAUGGUGGCCUGUUACACCCUCAUUAUCUGCCGAAUGAGACAGGGACGCUUCAAAGCUCGGGGCAAAACUUUGCGAGUAGCUGUGGUGGUGGUGAUUGUCUUUCUUGUCUGCUGGACUCCAUACCACAUAGUUGGAGUCUUAGGAUUGUUUAUUGAUCCAGCAACUCCCUUUGGGGAAGCUCUGCUGUCUUGGGACCACGUGUCCAUUGCUCUAGCGUCUGCCAAUAGCUGCUUUAAUCCAUUCCUCUAUGCCUUCCUGGGGAAAGAUUUUAGGAAGAAAGCAAGGCAAUCCAUGCAGGGCAUUCUGGAGGCAGCCUUCAGUGAGGAACUCACACACUCUACCAGCUGCCCCCCAAAUAAAAUCUCUUUAGAAAGAAAUACUAUCAAUACAGCUGUGUGA